AUGGCGAGCUCGGGCACGGCGGUCGACGGGAUCGGUGACGACGGCACGACGGGCGUGCCGGGCGGCGGGCCGAGGAAUCCUCUCACCUGCGGUGUCUGCCACAAUUACUACAACGAGCCCUGCCUGCUCUCCUGCUUCCACACCUUUUGCGCCCGUUGCAUACACGGCCCGCACAUCGACGGGACGAUUAAGUGUCCCAUCUGCGGGCAACAAACACAAUUGAAAGAUGGAUCGCAACUACCACCCCCCGAUCAGCUGAUACACCAAUUGGUGGAACUGGCAAACUCUGAAAAUCCACCGUGUGCCAAUUGUGACAAGCGCGACAAAUCGACCAUGUAUUUCUGUACAACAUGUGGACAGGCGCUUUGCACUCACUGCAGAGAGAAUACUCACCGCGCGAAGAUGUUCUCCACCCACGAGGUGGUGCACAUGAGCAAGUGCGCCAAGGACACUCAACGCCGCUGUCCGGCCCACGGCGAGCAGUACAUAAUGUUCAGCCAGAGCGCCAAGUGCAUGCUGUGCAGCACGUGCUUCCGCGACACACCGCCGGACGCGCGGGUGCACUGCGUGGACAUCGACAACGCCUGGCAGCAGGCCUCGAAGAAGAUGGAGCGCGCGAUGAACUCCAUCUGCGAGCUCCAGGCCGGCAUCAGGGACGGCGUGUUGGCGCUCAAGUCACAACUGGAGGAGCUGCGGCACAGCCUCGAGUCCGAGAAGCGCGCGUUAACCGCCUUCUGCCAGGGUAUGCAGGAGGCGAUCAACAAAACGCACGCGUACGUCCUCGCGGACUUGCAGCGUCAAUUUGACACCAAGGAGCGCCUGGUGCGCUCGCAGCUGCUCUCCCUGGGUAACGCGCUACCCGUCCUGCAGAUGCACCUUGCGCUGUGCACCGCGUUCACCGGCGGCGCGAGCAAGUAUCAGUUCCUCGAGCUGGCGCACCCGAUGCUGGAACGGCUGAGCCGCGUCGCUCAGCUGGGCCAUCCGUCGCGGCCGCCUCUGCUCGUCGCGCACAUCAAGACGAAUUAUCGGGUCGACUUCGCGCGUGCCCUGCAUCCUUACAUAGGCCAAGUGCAGAUACCGAAGACCACCGAGUCCUUGUACGAUCAGAUGGCCGGCCACACGAUAGGCCAGACGGAACCGUAUAUGUUUUCCCAACAGAGCAGCAAGAUCGCACAGAGGCUGCCGCCGAAGAGCGGAUCUGACAGCGGUCCGUUCUCCAAUCACUGCAGGACCUUCGAUACCCAGCUGAAGGAACUGAGUCAGCAGUUGAUGACCGUGAGGGAACGAUUGGGCGAGUUGCAGCGGGACGUUUCCGUUUUAAAGAGAGCUAACACCCCGCCGUUGGGUUCGCGUUACGACCACGUGGCAAGGGAUUGCCGCGUGCUCGAGCAACAAUUGGAGCAGCAUCAGAUGGAACUGGAGCGAUUGAGGAACGUCUUCGACGCGCUCUGGGAGGAGCAAAUGUGCCGGAUUCACAUGGAGAAGGAGAUCUUCCAUUCUCAGAUGAAUGACAUAUUGUCGCUGAGGAGCGAGGUGAAAAAGCUGCAAGUGCUCGCUCAGAAUCUGGAGCCCUUCGUCAAGACGUUCUCGCUAGGUAUCAGCGCUGGGGAAAUGAGUAUGGCCGCGGCGGACGCGUCCGAUACUCAGCAUCUACAAGCGUUGCUGGAUCAUCUGGCGCGUAUGCAGGUACACGAGCCACCGCAUCCGCAGGCUCAGGCACCGACGAAGGAUCACCGUCAUCCACGUAGCACUGCCACGAGUGCCGACAACGCGCUAUACAUGAAAGAAACAAAGGAGAUUCCGACGCGAUGCCGUACGCCGUCCGGCGGGGUCGGCGCCGUUCUGGACUCGAGCGGCAACAUAGUCGUGUACGGGACGGCCAAGUCGACCGAUCCGAAGCGGGGCGUGCUCAGUCAAUUGAUCGAGAAGGCCAGGACGCAGAAGGACGAUCGUAAGAAGUCGCCGGGCAGGGAGGACGGCCGCGAUCGCAGUCAGAGCCGGCGUUCGCGCAAGUCGCCGGACAGCACGAAGCCGAAGACGCCGCCCGGGCACUCGUCCGGCGGCAAGAUGCGGUCGUUGUAUCGUUCCUUGAAAGGCGGCACCGGCGACACGUCCGCCGAGGCGCUCGAUCAGGCGGAAAGACCCGACUCGCAGCAGCCGCAGCCUCAUAUCGCAGGCGACGACGGCGAGUAUCAACGAAUCUCGGAGGCCUCGAGCAUGAGCGAAGCGAAGAAGCGCGUGCAGGCGCAAGUGCACGCGGUCCCGGCCGACGAUCAGAUACGGGGGGCGAUCCCGAGCAGCAAGGUCGCCAAGAUCUACCCGGCCAGCGACCCCGAGGAGCUGUUCUACGGCGACGGGAAGGACGCGAGGAGGCGACAGCGUGCCAGUCUGCACGCCAGCUGCGACAGUCUGAGCACGACCGGCUCCGGCAACAGCAGGCGGUCGAGCAUCGCCGAAGGGACGGUAGGUCAAUCCGUCGCGCGGGACCCCCGGAAAACCCUGGUCGUUUUUAUCGGAUCACGCACGCCGUCGUCUCUCAUGCAGAAGCAGCGUUCCUGGGAGACCUUCCCGCGGCCCAAGGUCAAGCGCGGCGUCGGCGGCGAGGGUGCGGGCGCGUCGUCCCUCGGCCAGCUGAAGAAAGCGGACAGCUUUGAGGGCCACGAGGAGGCGGUGCGCACUUUGGUGCAGGCCGUACAGGAGACGCGUUCUCAGCUGCGGCACCAUCAUUUACAACAUCAUCAUCGCCAUCAUCGUAAGAGCAAAACGAAUUGAGGCGCCUAACUUGUCGUUCGCUCAUUGUCCUUUCGCAACCCCCCUUCCCUCGCGCGCAAGAAUUUACGUAAGGAAAAAUAUAUCGAGGGUAUCGAAUCGAGAUAUCCACGCGAGCCUAUAAUUGCGUAUAGAUAGAGAAAAAAAGAAAAGGAAAAAAAAGAGAAUGAUCAAAAGACUAAAAAAAAAAAACGCCGUGCCCCAAGUGGCUUAAGUAUACAUGUUAUUUAUUAGCAGCGGAAGCGUAUUGUUGUGAGAGCCGACAUUAUCGGUUUUUCGAAGAUUUUGGACAUUCUACUAGUAUAAUAAUAAUAAUAAUGGGUAUAUAAAUAUGAUAACGGAUAAUGAAAAAGGUCUAUAUUCUGCGCGAUACGGAAAAAAAUCAGAAAUCGUGAUAGGCACCUCUUUGACACAAGCGCGCUCUCGUCUCUUUACAUUACUUUUCGAGAGGUUUCUUUGCGAUCCCGAUCAAACGCGUGAUGUUUGUAUUCUUCCGACGUAUUUUUGACGUUUGUAUUGUGUCCCUCGUCGAGGGGUUGUAACCGCGUACGACGACGCGUGCAACUCUCUCUCUCGCGAAGUACCUUUUAUAUAGCGAUUUAAUUACACUUUCGAUGAUGAAAGCGCCGAAGAUCGGUAUCGAGCUGCCACUGUAAAUGCAGACGUUAAGGAGGUGGAAACGAGAUUGGUAUGAUUGUGCGUUACGUCUGCUACUCGUAUUAAAAUGACGCGAUCCGCCUGGGGCGGUUGAUACACGUAGAGCCUUGAUUAAGGAGGAUAAAAACGUUUUUUUGGGAGACAAAACGCGCGUGUGCAAUGUACAAUAAUUGCAAAAGAACCGCGGUUGACGUUGCAAAUCCAAAAAACUGUAUACAGACGAACGUCUCUUUCGUUCCGAACGUGCACAUUAUUUCGUUAUUACAAAACUCCGGUCUUCGUCCCGUGUCUUCUCGUUUCUCCGUUAAAACAUUACGGAAUCUACUCCCAAUCCAUGUCCGUGUACAAUAACCGGCGCAUGAGAUUCUUCCCUUGAACGUCAACAGGUCGGAUGCAUAGUCCAGUAAAGUACGUCGCGCAAUUCGAUCGGUCGAGUAAAAAAAAAACGGUAAUACUUAGCUAGUCAAAUAACACUGCCAGUCGCGAUAAUUACGAAUUUAAUCGACGAUACUCGAUUCGCGAAGAAUAGCCUAACUCGAGCGUUUACUCGUAAUUUCCAGUUGCAUUAACGAAAGGAAAAAAAAAAAAAAGAGAAUCCGGUGUGAUCGCCCUACGACGCGUCGUCGCGCGGGCUCGUCACGAUUAUACAAUUAUCGACUGUAACGUAACGGUAAUAUUACCUCCGAACCGAGGGGACGUAAGGAGAAAUCGGUAUUACGAGGAAUCGGCUCUUCCUUGUGAAAGUCAAUGCGAUCGUUAAUCGUUGUUUCGAAUUUAACUACGAGCGAGGAUUUGUAAUCUCCAGC